GGAGGCUGGAGCUGCCGGCGCCGCGCAGCGGGGGCGGCGAGGUGCUGGCGGCGGCCGGGCCGACCAUGGAGGAGACGGAGGAGGGCGAUGACGUCUCUUGGUUGCAGCCGCCUGCGGCGGGCGGCGAUCAGGAGAUGGAGCCGAGCGGCGAGGACCGCGGCAUGCGCAUCGAGGAGUCCAUCGAGCAGAAUGCGCAGGCCCUGGUGGAGGCCCAGGCUCUGAGGAAGAAGCCGGCGCGGCAGAGGUUCGCAGCCCUGCCGCAGUGGAUGUCCGACGGUGCGGGGCAGCUCCUUGCUGGUUUGCCCGAGUGGAAUCAUCAGGAGGGUGCGUGGGCCGUCCGGCUCGGCGCCACAACGCUGACGAAAGAGCAGCAGGCUGCAUGCAUGCAGACCUUCAAGGAGAUCACGAAGAAGCCGUUCGUGCUUCCAGGAGCGGCAGGGCCAGAGGCGCGGGGCUCCGCGUCUUCGAGCUGAUGGAAGGCGUCACGAAGAUCUCGUGCAUGCUGAAUUCACACGUUCAUUUUGUUCGGUGUCUACAUUGGCAGGCGGCCAACAGCGUCGUCUUAGGGGGGGCUGCCAGUGUGGGGCUGGCGGGCUUCAGGAUGCUAAUCGGGGCUUUGAGUGCGCCCGGGUGCUGAACCUGUUCCUUAUCCGCUUGAGCUUCUGUGCUUAUCAGUUCACUGUAGUUCGGUGCUCGCGUUGGUUCCAGGGGAUGUGCCUCAAUUUCGUUCGGCGGCGAUCCAGGAGAUGUUC